UUUUGAUAUAAUGAACAAAUCCGCUCAAAUUUGGAGCGCAUAUUUUCACCUCAAAUACUCAUACUCUAUACGGCGCUGUUAGAGUGUUUGGGAUAUCAUAUGAAGCAUGUGGCCGGGCCUUCCAUCUGUUAUUAUUCGUUUUGUCUGUCAUGUUCCGACAGGAAUGGUCGGUAUUAUCGGCCUCAACCUAUACAAUCUUGUCCAUGAUCUAGACAUAUACGAUGUUCUACCCAACGGCAAAUCGUUCCUUCAGGGGUUGCACCUUGUCGGGACAGUGGGAACUGCCACUUUUGCGUGGAAUUUCGUCAUGUUUGCGGCUUCAAACUUCACCAAGGGUUUCCUACUAGCAACAAUUGGCUUCAUAGACCUUGGGCUUUCCGCCGCUCUUAUUCUCGGCAUAUCCUGGCAAUCUCAAUUCCUCCCACGUUCCUAUGCCAGCUGCAAAGAUGCGGUGGACUGGAGAAAUGGGACGGAUGGCCGAAACCUUUUUGUGGAAGUCAGCAAAGCAAAUCUAGAAACCGUCAUUCCCCCACAUAAAUCCUGCCGUUCUUUUGUUCAGAACUGGGCCGUUGGCAUUGCCGUCAUCAUCUUGUACCUGGUGUGUGGUUUGCUGAACGUUAUACUCGGAUUCGCUUAUGUCGAAGCCAGAGACAGCUUUCUUCAUCCUGCUGCUGAUUAUAGUGAUUGCUGUUCCUGCUAUAUACCAACCCGCUGGAUCUCUCGCCCAAUUUCUAUUCUCUUCUGCAAUACCAAAUUGGGCUCUCGCUUCGCACUGAGGUAUUUAUCGAAAUGUCUACAGGCAGUUAGGAGAACUAGCAACGAAAAGUUUCAAACAUCUCGAGCAAAAGACGAGGACCUAACCGAAAAAUCCGCAUUGGCCUUGAUUUCUGCGAAAGUCACUGAUAAUUGGCAUUAUGUGGACAUUGUCGAGCUCAGUCCGACUCCCAUUGAACAGUUUGGCACCAAUUUUGAGUUGGAGAAACUUCGAAAGUACACUUGCGAAGGGAUUAGCAAGGAUAAAUGCCGUGUUUGCAAAAUUCAGAUAUGUAACUCUUGCUCUACACUAGGCCCUGUCUGGGAAUCACAGCCAUACCGACACAUGACAAUCUGCAAGCCGUGCUGUACCAAAUGCUUUUACACAUCAUAUUACCGAAUAGAUAGAGAGCGUCGCCAUAAGCGGACGGAUCAUCGUGCAACCUGCAAAGUCGCCCAUGGGAACAUAAAAUUUGCGCAACGUCCUAAUGAUGCCAUUCAGGGCAGAUUGUGCCGUCUCUGCGAGGUAAAGACACCGGAGCAGCGACAGGAGAUCCUCGACACUCAGGAUAGGCUAGAAUUGCAGCGAGAAGCCCGAGAUCAUCUGGCUUGUUCUCGAUGUAACGAAAGGCUCUCAUCAAACGGUCCUCGUUGGUGGGUCUGCGCUUAUUGCGAUGUAGAGUGCCAUGAUCAUAUCCAUCCUCCAUGGGCAUUGGGAGUAUGA